AGAUUAUAUGCGCACGCGCAUAGUACCUACAUUCAAGCCGCGUUCGAACUCUAGUGUUCUAUAUAUUCAAACGUUUGGUGAUGUGAUGUGUUGUGUGACAAUUUAUACUGGAUAUGUUCGCUACUAGUGUUAAAGGAUGAAAUGAAGGGGAGAGCUACACGGUCGCCUAGGAAAUUGCCUGUUAUAUUGGGAAAAGUAUUCCUGCGUUGGGUCUUUACUAAAGCGGAUUUAGUAUUUUUUAUUUAUAGGGUAUUCUGGUAUGCGUUUCACUCCCGGUCAUCGAUGAAUAGCAGCGUAGACUUUUUCGAGAGCCUCAUCGACGAAGACGGGCGUUUUGCAGAACUGAACUGCCAAGAGACCUCGCAUCGUGUUCACAGGCGACGUAACAACGUUGUGCAACGGGCUAGACCUUUAGUGCAAGCAGAAAACAUCAAUAAUGGCGGAGGAUUAUCAUUGUCGCCUCCACACACAAUAUCACAACGUGAGACAGGGACUCAGGUGUCACAAUGUUACAGUGGCCCACCUUCUCCAUGUGGGUCAACCAGUUCGGCUCCAUCACCCACUCUCUCACCUGCACCUCCUCCUGGAACAGCAACCUUAGACCCCAACUGGCAAGCCACAAAACCUACAGUCCGUGAACGUAAUGCAGCAAUGUUUAACAAUCAGUUAAUGGCUGAUAUCACAUUUAUAGUAGGGGGCCCAGGGCACACACAAGUAAUACCAGCUCAUAAAUAUGUUUUGGCAACUGGUAGUUCAGUAUUUUACGCCAUGUUCUAUGGAGGCUUGGCAGAGUGUAAACAAGAAAUAGAGGUACCAGACGUUGAGCCAUCUGCAUUCCUCAUAUUACUCAAGUAUUUAUAUUGUGAUGAAAUUCAAUUAGAGGCAGAUACAGUACUAUCAACAUUGUAUGUUGCUAAGAAAUAUAUAGUGCCACACCUAGCAAGAGCCUGUGUGAACUACUUGGAAACAAGUCUGACAGCCAAAAAUGCAUGCUUGCUCCUAAGCCAAUCGCGUUUGUUUGAGGAGCCAGAAUUAAUGCAGAGGUGCUGGGAAGUUAUUGAUGCACAGGCUGAGAUGGCCCUCACAUCAGAAGGUUUUGUUGACAUUGAUGUAUCUACUCUUGAAUCAGUGUUGGCAAGAGAGACGCUUAAUUGCAAGGAAAUAAAUUUAUUUGAAGCAGCAUUAGCUUGGGCUCAUGCUGAAUGUUUGCGUAGAGAGACUGAUGUGACUCCAGCAAACAAAAGAGCCAUGCUUGGCAGUGCCAUAUAUCUAAUCAGAUUCCCAACAAUGACAUUAGAGGAGUUUGCAAAUAGUGCAGCCCAACUAGGCAUACUCACACCUCAAGAAACUAUAGAUAUAUUUCUACACUUUACUGCAGCGAGUAAGCCACUAUUAUCCUAUCCUAUUAAAGCAAGAGCUGGACUCAAAGCUCAGAUUUGCCACAGAUUUCAAUCAUGUGCAUACAGAAGUAACCAGUGGCGAUACAGAGGAAGAUGUGAUUCAAUACAAUUCUGUGUUGAUAAAAGAAUAUUCGUAGUUGGUUUUGGACUCUAUGGAUCAUCAAAUGGUGCAGCAGAUUACAAUGUGAAGAUCGAGUUAAAACGAUUAGGACGAGUGUUAGCUGAGAAUAAUACAAAAUUCUUCUCUGACGGAUCAAGUAACACAUUCCAUGUGUACUUUGAAAACCCCAUACAAAUUGAGCCUGAAUGUUUUUACACAGCUUCAGCUAUACUAGAUGGGAGUGAAUUAAGUUAUUUUGGUCAAGAAGGACUGAGUGAAGUGUACAUGGGCACAGUGACAUUCCAAUUUCAUUGUUCCUCGGAGAGUACAAACGGAACAGGCGUGCAAGGUGGUCAGAUUCCAGAACUUAUUUACUAUGGACCGACUGUCAACACUUCCAUGACUAACACAAAUUCUAAUGAGGACUGACAACUGAUGAGUAGACUGAAACCUCUAAACUAUUAUUCAUUAUAAUACAACAAAUGGCAUUUCUAAUUGGAACUCUAGGCCAGGAUGUCUAAAUAUUUAUAAAGGUUUAUUUAUAAUAUAAAUCAUUCCCAUGUUAAAUUAUUUUGUUGAGUAUAAAAAUCCUGUGUAUAUUGUUGAAAAAGGAUAGAAGUACCUUAAGAAUGUGAUAUGGGUGUUGUAAAAGCUCUCUAGUAAGUAGAUUUAGAAAAUUUAUAAUAUAGGUCUUCAAGUUCACUGCAAUAAAUUUAAAUAGCUUAAUAUUUUGUUUUAUUUAGUUCAUAACGAUAUACAAUCUGAUUUUAGCAGAGAGGUCUAUGCAGUGAGAGAUAAAAAAGGACCCAAAAAAUAGUAUUGAAUCAUCAUUAUUCUCAGCCUAAUAAUUUCCCAUACCUGAGCAAAGACCGCCAUUUAGAACAUAGAUUCUCUGCACCAAUAUGAGUUCGUAAGCUUUGAACGAUGAUUAUAAAACGUAAGUUGUACUUCAUUUGAGAUUAUAACUGGGACCGAAUACUUCACGAGCUCUCCAAUGGAAAUGGACAUUUUCCUAUUCCCAGGAUUGUACUGAGAAUGUUAUUACAGAAAAACGAAAAACCUAAAAAUGUAGAUUGUCUUGUAUUGUGUCGAGAUGUUGUAGAAAUUCGACCCAGAAGUUAAACAUAACUUAUAUAGCCAAUAUUAAACUUUGGAGUAACAUAAACUAGUUGGGGAUUGAUCGAAACUAACAUUAUUGAAGCUAAUGUGGAUGUGACAUUAAUUUACAUGUAAACUUACACUAAAGCCAAAUCUGAACAACCUACGAUCUGAAGAUUAUAAUAAUGAUUAUUAAUUUUGGACAUGCUAACAACGAGACCAAUGAAGCAGUUAUAAUUUAGAAAAUAAAACUAAUUAGUAACAGUAA